GCAAGGUUUGGUCGUCUCCAUUUACAAUUUUUUAGGGCUUUUCUCUCUCUCAACUCUCAAAUCAUUGAAUUUCACCUACUAACACGAGCUCUAAAACGGGAACGGGAGAAAGUAAGAAACCAUCCCAACGGAGAAAUUGGAGCCAAUGUGAUUGGUUCAUUUCAGAGAAUAAUCAUACAACAAAUUCCAAAAAAGGACCUCGUGUCCAACCGAGAGAGCCGCUCUGUUUCUUCCUCGUCACAGCUAUGCCGGAACUCACCAAGCUCUAUUCGAUGCAGGAAGCCUCCGAGCACACCUCCAAGGAAGAUUGCUGGAUCGUCAUUGAUGGGAAGUUUGACUUCUGACAUAAUAUGCCUGGAUUAGAGCAAGCUGAAGUUGGUAGUUGCCUCUUUAUUUCAACCUUUGUAACCAGACGAGUUGUAUGGUGAUGAUGCAUCAGAGAACUACUGUCACAACAACCAAGUCGAGUUACAGUCAGCAGUAGUUCAGGGUUUACGAUGUGAGCUCGUACUUAGAUGAUCACCCAGGUGGAGACGAAGUCAUCCUUCAAGCAACAGGGAAAGAUGCGACAGACGAUUUCGAGGACAUUGGGCACAGCCAAGACGCGAGGGACCAGCUGAAAACCUUCUGCAUAGGGGAGCUAGAUACAUCGACUGCACCACCAGCCAUCCCAGAACUCACAAUUGUCUCCAAAGGCCAGACAUCAUCAGAUACCGUGAAGAAGCUCAAGGACUUGACGAAACAGUACUGGGUUGUACCUGUAGCAGUAGUCGGCAUCUCUGCGGUGGUUGGCGGCAUCUUGUACUCGCGUAAGAAGUAGAAUCCUUCCCUUCUAUGACAACAUCUCUCCAUCACUUUCUUAAAAUGUUGCCGCAACAAAAAUUUUGGAACUACUGCACAAUGAUUAUUUGGAAAGUGGCUCUCGUCUCCACCAUUUCCUGUAGUUUUUACUUUUUACUUUGUUACAGUUCGAUUGUCCAGCAAGAUUGAAUCAUAUGAAUGAGUGCUGAAGAAGCUUUAAUUAUGGUUUGUGAUGGAUCAUUUGAUGUCGGUAUGGUUUCUCUUGUAUUUAGAGGAAGCAUAUACUAAUGGUUGUUGACGCCUAGAUUUGAUUGCAAUUAAUAGUUGGGUGAGCAUCCUGAGGAUUGUUACAGAUGAUAAUUACCAAUUUGGAACUGUGAUAAUAACCUUUCUAUA